AUGAGACCACCAAUGGCGCCAGCUUACUUUUUUAUGAUUGACAUGUCGCAAAAGAGUCAAGAAUUAUUAGGAAUUAUGGGGUAGAUCAUCAAGGAUAUGAUUGUGGAAGAUAAAUUGAAUCAAAGAACAUUGCUUGGAUUCAUUAUGUUCAAUACUUGUAUACAUUCGUACAAUUUCAAUUCUAAAAUUAAAUAAGUAUAAAUGUAUGUGUUAACAGAUGACAACGAAAUGCCAACUCCUGAUGAUUAUUUAUAUUAUUGUGGCCUUUCUGAAUCAAUUGGAUAGUUUAUUUCCUAAACAAAAUUAAAGAGUACUUAGUUCAUUUCAGCAUUUAAUUUUGCUUUUAAAAUUAUGUAAGACAAAGGAGGCAAAUUGAUCAUUUUGACCUCCUCUCCAAUUAAAGAGUUGAAUCUAACUGAUAAUUCUAAAUCAUCUUAGAAUCGCUUUUUAACAAUAAACAAUGUAUUAAAGUAAAUCACUGGAAAAAUGCAUUUGAACUGCAUAUGUUCUUCAAUCUUUGUUUUACCUUGUGGAUUCAAUAAUGUUGUGACUCUAAAUUAAUUAGUCAAAUUCUUGAAUGGCGACAUCUUUUUUUAUGAUGAUACCGCUAUUUGCAGUAAGCUCAAAGGUUUUAUUCCGAUUUAAUUUCAGUUUUGGAGAGAGAUUAUACUUGGGAAUCAGUCUUCGGAAUUCGAAUAUCAAUUGGAUGGAAAGUUAAUUUAUAGAAUAGUCAAAAGAAAUGAAUCAACCUAGAGCUCCUUAAGAUAAUUUAUAUCUAUAAGCCGCUUUACUAUAUGCUUCAACCCAAGGGGGGAGAAGAAUACAUAUUCAUAAUUUUUGUAUUCCUACAGUGAUUUCUUGAGGGCUAUCUAUUCUCAAAUCGAUUAAUCAUGUUUAGAAAUCUCAUUGUACAUAAGAUUGCCCUGUCUCAAUUAAAUAGUGCCAAAGAGAUCAAAGACUGUAUUCAAACCAAUGAUUUCUUAAUAGCUAAAACCAGAUCCAUAACUAAUAAUUCUAAGAUUUUCAAGGAACCCCUUGAUUCUUUAACUUUUAUAUGUUAGGAAUCAUGAAAUCCUCAAUUAUGCCUAUGAUCAACAGUUAGCCCUAACAGAUUAUAUGAUUUCCUUCAGAUCAAUUAUCCAAUAUACAGAUGUGGAUGAAUUGAUUACAUACAUACAUAGGUAGUCAGAUAUUUAAUCUAUGAUACCACAGUUAUACAACAUUUCUAUCUUACAAGAACAAGAUUACUUUUAGGAUGAAAAUGGGUAUUUCACAUAUCCAUAACCGAUUUCCUUAGUUUUGGAGGAGGUUUCGAAUGGAGGAUUACUACUGAUGGAUUGCGGUUAUUAUUUGAUAUUGUUUAUAUGCAAAAGUAUUGAAUCUUUAAUAAUUAGGUUGCAUGAUGAAAGUCAAAUUGGCGACAUAUUUGGGAAAUAGUACUAUAGUCUCAAUCUAGUAGAGGAUAAUCUUUAUUUCAAUUCUAAAAACCCCAUAAAUGAUAAACUACAUUAUCUAAUUACAGAAUUGAGAAAGUAAACAUUCAAUGUUAUUAUGUUUAGCAACAAGUAUAGUAAAUAUGCCUCAUUGUAUAUAGUGAAAUAAGGAUGUAAGAGUUAUUGGGAGGAGGUUUUCUUUCAAAACUUAAUUUACGAUGAUUUUAAUAAGAAUUAUAGAAUGGAUUAUAAUCAAUUUGUAAAAUAUAUUGGUUGA